UUUAAUGCUUUGUUUCAGUGAUUUUCAGCUCUUGGGUCAUUUUUACUUCUGAUUUUUCCACAUCACCAACCUCUAUAGAAAUAAUAUUAGGCGGGGGAUUUUUCAAGUUUUUCACAGGAGAAAACUCUUCAGAUACUCAUGACUCCAACAACUUCGAUUCACAAACGUUCUAGAAGCGAUCCGGUUCCUAGAAAAUCUUUCAAGAACAAGAAAUCAAGUGAAGCCAUUUACAACAUCGAUCGAUUUCACAUAGAUCAAACGUUGCAGAGAGAGAUAGAACAGCUAAAAUCUCUUGUGAAAUCCAGAAAAUUACAUCCCCAAAGCGUCUCAAGUUAUGAGAUGGAUUUGCUGCUUCAAGAAGAUGAAAUUUUAGUACGUCGUGAAAUGGAGACAGUCCUUCGACGUAAACUGUUCUUAGAAGACUGUAGAAACGAAGAUUCUUCUAUCCCCAAGGAAGCAAAGAAGCUGGUGAGCGAAAUCGCAGGUUUGGAGCUGCAAGUGAUGUACUUGGAAAGAUAUCUUCUUCUGUUAUACCGGAGAUUCUUUAACAACAAAAUCACAUUUAACUUAGAAUCAGAGGAGAAAGAUAAAUCAUCCGAGGAUCUUCUUGGGUCUACUAAGCUCAUUGAUUCACCAAAAAACGCAGUCUGCAGCCCGAAGAAAGUUCUAGAAGACUCUGAAAUAUUCCGCACCUACUCAUCGCUGUCUCAUUGUUCAGGCUAUUCCUUUAAAAUGUCUCCCCAAGCAAUGGACUCAUCAUACCAUCACUCGCUUCCUUUCUCAAUGCUUGAACAAGCUGAUAUCGAUGCGAUGAUGGGGACAUAUGUUUCUGAAAACGUUUCUAAAUCAGCAAACAGUUUGUCUGAAGAGCUGAUCAAGUGCAUCUCAGGAGUAUUUCGUCAACUCGCGGAUCCAGAAUCUCUCGCUCAUGAUGAUCGAGAAUCGAGUAGCCCUUAUGACAAACUAUUAAUGGUGAAAUCUAUAUGUAGAGACUCAGAGAAGUUAAAUGAAGUUGAACCUGCUUUAAAGCAUUUCAGGUCGCUUGUUAACAAGUUAGAGGGAGUGAAUCCAAGGAAGUUGAAUCAUGAAGAGAAGCUAGCUUUCUGGAUUAACAUACACAACUCUUUGGUUAUGCACUCAAUUCUUGUCUACGGGAACCCAAAAAACAGUAUGAAAAGGGUAUCUGGUUUGCUGAAGGCAGCGUAUAAUGUUGGAGGUCGAAGCUUGAACUUAGAUACCAUUCAGACUUCAAUACUUCGUUGCCGCGUCUCUCGUCCAGGACAGGUAUUUAGGUUCUUGUUUACUUCUAAAUCAAAGGGUAAAGCUGGAGACUUGAGUAAAGAUUAUGCUAUAACUCACCCUGAGCCUCUUCUUCAUUUCGCACUCUGCUCUGGGAACUUGUCAGAUCCAUCAGUGCGUAUCUAUACGCCAAAGAACGUGAUGAUGGAGCUAGAAUGUGGUAGAGAAGAGUAUGUAAAAUCAAACGUAGGAAUCUCCAAAGACAAUAAGAUUCUUUUGCCGAAGCUCGUGGAAUUAUAUGCCAAGGACACUGAACUUUGCCACGUCGGCAUCCUCGACAUGAUCUCGAACUAUCUGCCUUGUGAUGCAAGAAAUAAAAUCCAGCAGUGUCGGAACAAGAAGCAUGGAAGAUUCGCCAUCGAUUGGGUCGCACAUGAUUUCAGAUUCGGGUUGCUUCUCUGACAAGAAAACAUCAAAGUCGUGAACCGAGUUUUUUGUUUUUCUAAUUUAAUUUUCGAUCUGAGAGAGUUGAAUCGAAGAACUUGUAUUAUGCUAAUUUUUUCAAUUAUGAUUGUCCACGAAGAUUAUGUUAUGGUUACAACUCAAC